AUGCAAAGUUACAAGUGCUUCAGGAAAAAUGCACACCUACCACAACACUUUUUUUGUCAACAUGUUUCAACUUUAAACAAAAAAAAGCACCUCGUCAGUUGCGGAUACGGGAAAAGAACCCAAAAAAUAGCAGAGCACGUUUACACUACCUUCGUAGCUACCCAUCACACUAAUCACAAGUGUCAGAAGAACGCCCAAAAUGACCCCAUCCCGAGCUCUCUAAAAAGAAACAUCUCCUCCUAUUUGUUACGAAAAAUUAAAAAAAUAAAGAAAGCGCACAACUCGACGGGUACUGAAGUAGCUAAGGAGAGCACCCCCUUGGUCCGUGGGCUCGCUGGAAGUAGAAGCUACCCUGCUGCCGCGGCGUAUUGCCUCCACCGUAGGUUUUACCAUCCAGAAAAGUAUCUCCAAAAAAAUGGGUCAACCCUAAACCGCGCGUACCACCAUUUUAGCCACACACAUAGCAGCCGAAAGGGAGAAGCUCACAAGAACAGUUCCCCCCGUCCAGCCAAUCACAACAAAAGAGAUGGAAAAAAUGAAGAGCGUCAUCGCGAACUUGUUCACCCCCGGAAGUAUGCCAAGUGCAAUGGUGUGGUGCAUCCCGCGUAUUACCCUCUUCAAAGGGGGAUAACAAACCAGUGUCUACAUCUGUAUGUUCCCUUGAAAUGGUUUGGAACGCACGUGGGGAAGGAGAGCCAACGGGAACGAGCCGUUUCCCGGGACAAAGCCGAGAAGGAGGGGGGCGAAUCUGAAUGGGGCGCCUACAGGAGCGAUCACACUGCCAGUAGCAGUCCCACCGCGAGUAGCAAUCCUACUGCGAAUGGCAAUCCUACCCCUAGUAGCAACCUCGCCUCGAAUGGUAGCCCCGGCCGGGAAUGCCCAGACCCCCCCCAUGAAGAAUACGAAGAGCUAAAAAUAAAGGAACUCGAAAAAAUAUUGAACAACCUGGAAAAGAUAAACGAAAAUAAGAAUAGCAAAAUAAACAUAAACAUAAAAAUCUUAGUGUACGUGUUUAAAAAUUUUAUACACAAAAAUAAAGAGCUGAAAAUAAAGAUUUUUUUUUCCUUCAUUUUUCUGCUAUGUUCCAAAAUAUCCAUUAUAUAUACGCCAAUACUCCUGUCCUCCUUUAUUGAGAAUGUCAAUUUGGAAAAGAGUUUGACUCCCCACUUGGAUGGACCGCUAUUAUCGAGCAACUCAAGUGUAAUGAUUCUUCUAACCUACGUCCUUUCACGUGUCCUGUCAUCAGGCUUAAACGAAUUGAGAAAUAGCGUCUUUAAUACGAUAAGUCAGAGAAUAUCCACCUAUGUGAGUAAAUUAUUUUUUUAUAAAAUUCACAACUUAAACCUGAGUUAUAUAUUCUCCAAAAAAAACGGAGAGCUGUCUUUCAUUUUUAACAGGGGAUGUAAAAGCAUCACCAACUUGCUGAACGUGUUGGUGUUUCAAAUUAUUCCCAUAAUUAUCGAAUUUGUUUUAUACCUCUACAUAUUAACCUACAAAAUACACUACAGCGUUUCCCUCGUUACCUGCCUGAAUAUGUUUCUGUAUAUCCUCUUUACCACCCUUGUCACCAAAAGAAGAACCAUCAUCAGGAAAUUUAUGAACAAGUCAGAACAGAACACGUUUAAUAUUUUCUUAGAUUCAAUCCAGAAUGUUGAACAAGUAAAAUACUACACAAACGAAAUGCACGAAUUGAAAAAAUUUAUGAAAGAGCAAAAGAAAUAUGAAAGGGAAGCCAUCAAUGUUCAGAAAUCUUUAUCCGUCCUAAAUUUUGGCCAACAGAUUAUCCUAAAUUUUAAUCUUUUCCUCUGCCUUUACCUAACAUAUAUAAACAUCGCCAAUGAUGUUUUCCCCUUUAGUUACCUCAUCCUCGUAAACACACUUCUGUUUCAGCUAGCUAUGCCCCUGAACAUGUUUGGGACGAUCUACCGCGAAACCAAACUGAGCCUUGUCGACAUAGAAUGCAUGAUCAAAAUUUUUGUCAAGAAAAUUCAGUCUCUGGACUAUUCCAGCAAAUUAGAAAUUCAAACUGGCAACAUCAAAUUUGAAAACGUCUCGUUUAAGUAUCCUCCCAUGGAGGAAAAAAACGACUCGGAGCUUCGAAAAAGUGAAGGAGCCAAUCAGGAUGAAAUGCCUCCAAGAAGCAUAUCCAGAUUCUCCGAACUGCUCAAACCCAUUAGAGAUAAGUUUUUCUUCCUCCCCCCAAGAUGGCUCAACUCAGGGGAGCAGCCAAUUCCCCCCAUGAGCGACGAAAUAAAGAACAACUUAAAGAGCACACUUUGCGAGAACAUCCAAACGAGUUGUCUCACCUCGGAAGCGAUUGAACCCAAGACCGACCCAAAUCAGAAGGAAAAUAACUACAUCUUCCAAAACUUCACGUGUAACAUUGAGGACGGAGAAAAGGUAGCCAUCAUAGGGAAAAGCGGACUGGGAAAAAGCACCCUCAUAAAAUUACUGCUAAAAUUUUACGAAAUAAACAGUGGCAAUAUAUACAUUGAUAACAAAAAUAUCGAAAACAUCAAUCUGUACACGUUGCGAAAAAGCAUAAGUGUCGUUCCUCAAGACACCAUCCUUUUCAACAACACCAUUUCGUACAACAUCAAGUAUGGCAAUUUUCAAUGUACAGAUAAACAAAUGAUUGAUGCUUGCGUCCAGUCGGAAUUGCAUGAAAAAAUUUUGCAAAUGGAUAAGCAGUAUGAUACUCUUGUUGGGGAAAGAGGCACCAAAUUAUCCAUUGGAGAAAAACAAAGAAUUUGUAUAGCUAGAUGCUUUUUAAAAAAUUCAAAAAUUAUCGUCCUUGAUGAGCAUGCAAGCAAUUUAGACAAUGAAAAUAAAAAAUCCAUAGAGAAAGCGCUACAGAAAUUAUGCCUCGGAAAAACCACCUUUUUUAUUACACACGUCAUGGAAAAUCUCCAAACCAUGGACAAAAUUAUCUUCUUCAGUGCGAAUAACAUCUUCGUUGGCAACCACAACGAGUUGCUUAUUGCAAAUCCUUCCUACCGCGAGUUUUUCAACUCAAAGAAUAAUCAGCCGCUGUGA